AGAAGACAAUUGUCCCAAAUUUACUAAACAUGAACUAAAAAUUAACCAUUAAAUCCAAAAUAAAUAGAGAGAAUAUCCAAUUACUACAGAAACCACACCACCUUCAAUUUAAUGGAAUAUUAACAUGUCGGGUUUCUAUUAAAACUCCGAUCUGCUUCCAUUGCAACACGUCAAAUAGCGAAUAGCUCCGCUGGGAAACUCCAAUAACUCAACUACUCUCUGAGCAUUGCCCAGCCAUCCAUUGUAGAGAUGUGCCAGCUUAUACACCGAACAUGUGUCAAACGAACUCUCUGGAUUAGAUCCCAGGGUCUUCGGCUCUGGCUCUGAUCCGGAGGUCCAAGGGAUUAGCUCCUGGCUGUACUGUGGCAGGCACUAAUCAUGAUGACGCUGCUGUGUUGCUGAGUCGACAAUGUGUCGUCCCGUUUGCUGGAGCAGAGACAGACUAGUGAUUGUCUGGGAACCGGACAUCAGCAACCCUCCAUUCUUACGCCGCCGAAUCAAACGCUGGGCCUCAGCUUCGAGACGGAGAACAUAUGUACCCUACGAUUUUCCACAAAACACAAAACAAUACGAUUUCCACCCGCCACACGGAGUCCUAUUCAAGCAUUUCCAAGCACUUGCAAGAUCCGAAGCAAACAAGUCAUCGUCAUUCUUCGACCUGGCCAUCGACAACAAGGACUUUGACUACGGCAACCAUAUAUAUAUCCCGUUUUAAGGAUAUACGCGUCCAUUCAAUUAGAUAGUAGAAACAAUUGUUUUCCACUUGUUUAUUUAUUUAUACUAAGCUAAGUUUACGUUUACAAACUAAGCCAAUUUGCACUAGAAUCAACUCUUUGUAUGCCUCUCAAAAUCGAAAUCGAAAUAGGCGUACCUCGAUUUCUCGAGACAAAAAUGCUGACCCAUCAGUGCAUUACAUAUAUAUCUAUCUGUACAAGUGUACAAAAGGAUACGUACCUAGAUUGAUUCCGGAUACAGACACGGCAUAUAAAAGUUGCAUGAAAAACAUC